GGGUGGAUACGUAGAUAUGUGAGCCAGAGUGUAGGAACCAUGGAGGUCCUAGUGUGUUUUGCUCUUCUGCUCAACCUGGUGGCAGGCCUGAGAGGCGAUCCUCAGGGCGACGACGCGGUUGUCUUUCAAAGAAAUCUACCAGCAGAGGUAGUGUGGGCCGUGCCUGGUGUGGAUGCAGAACUACCUUGUGACUUGUCAGCUCCUCAUGGGGAUAGAGUCAUCAUGGUGUUGUGGUUCAAGGAUGCCACAGGAGUGCCAUUGUACAGCCUUGACGCCCGUAAUCACACCCUAGGCGACGCCCCUCUUCACUGGGCCAGUACAGACUCCCAGGGCAAGAGAUGUCACUUCCUGCUGCGGUCAUCCGACCCGGACCAUCGCGCCGCCCUCAAGAUCACCAACGUCCAGGAGAGUGACGAGGGAAUCUUCAGGUGUAGAGUCGACUUUCUAAACUCUCCAACGAGGAACUACAGAGUCAACCUUACUAUGAUAGAGCCUCCGUCCACUCCGCAGAUUAUGGAUGCUGAAGGCAAUGAGGUGAUGGGGGUGGCGGGACCGUUCCUGGAGGGCUACGACAUGCAGAUGUCUUGUCACGUUAGUGGAGGACGACCCAGGCCGGAUGUGAGUUGGUGGUCGGACGGUCUGUUGGUGGAUGACAGGAGUGAGAGUGUGUCUACCAGCUACGUUGUCAACCGACUGUUCGUAGGCACCGUGAUCAGAUCCCUCAGAAACACAGUGUUCGAAUGCCGAGCUCAAUCCAUUCCUUCGGCACCUCCCGUGUCUAGGAAGGUUUCGAUUGAAAUAUUUCUGAAGCCGUUGACGGUGAAGAUCACAUCGCCAGUGGAGGUGUUGUCUGCUGGCAAGUCUAAGCAGAUAUCUUGCGAGUCUACUGGUUCGUUCCCCCCAGCACGCAUCACCUGGUGGUUGGACGGCGAGAUAGUCCGACACGCAGUCACCACGAUUGGUAACCAUGGCAACAGCACCUCCAGCACACUCACGCUGCGGCCUGAGGCGGGCGAUGACAGCAAGGAACUGGUCUGUCGGGCGGAGAACCCCAAGUUCAAGGGAACCAUCAUAGAGGACCGUCGCUACAUCAGGGUGGCUUACCCGCCCGUGGUGUCCGUGUCCCUGGGAUCCAACGUCGGCGUCUCGUCUCUCCGCGAGGGCGACUCUGUGACGCUUACCUGCGACGCCCGGGCCUUCCCUGAGGCCGACCGCAUCACUUGGUACCAUGGGACCAAGAUGAUGUCACGUGACGAGGCAGGGCGAGUGCUGGAGCUGAAGAGAUUGUCCAGAACCUCCUCAGGAGAGUACGUGUGUGUCGCGUCCAACAGCGAAGGAGCCUCCAAAAGUCCCCCUAUAUAUCUGGCUGUGCAGUACGCCCCAGUGUGUAGACCAGGCACGGAGAACGUUGUGGUAGGAGCUUUACGUCAUGAGACGGUAACAGCACGCUGCGAGGUGCUGGCGGACCCAGGGGGUGAUACGCUAAAGUUCUCCUGGACCUACAGCAAAGCCAAGGAUGUCCUCCCCAUCCCCUCAGACAGGGUCCGGUCCCUGGGACAUGUCAGUUUACUAAACUACACUCCCAUUGUGGAGUCGGACUUUGGCACCCUGGCUUGCUGGGCCUCCAACCCUGUGGGUCGUCAAGUCAAACCUUGUCUGCUGCAUAUUGUGCACGCAAAAGCCCCAGAGCCACCGCGAGACUGUGGGGUCCACAACAGUUCGGCGGGUCGCCUAGAGGUGGUGUGUACUGCGGGCAACGACGGUGGACUGGCUCAACACUUCGUACUGGAGGUGCGAGAGACGGACCGACAAGCGGACCAAGCGACCCCCGGCGGCAAGGGAGGAUUUAGUGUGGGAGCUCCUCUCUAUAGAGACCUCGGUAGUAUUCCUCGGUUCCUGCUGCACUCUAUGGAGCCCGGUGCUGAGUACCAGCUGCUGAUAUACGCUAAGAACGCGAUGGGAGUCAGCGAGCCUCCUGUGCUGAUACAGGGUGUCAAGGUUUCAUCAAACUUUGAAAAACUUGCACACUCAGGUUCAGUGGUAGAGCUGGCGACGAUGGCUGCUGACUACAUGCCAGAUCUGCUGGUGACGGGGCUGCUGGUAGCUGCUGGAGUUAUCCUGGUGUGUGUUCUGGUGGUUGCUAUGGCGACUCUCGUGUCCUGCCGUACACGUCCAGACCCCGGGGCGGCUCAGUUCCGUCUCAACAACGUCCACUACGGAGGCGGCUCCAGGGCGAGCUCUGCCAGUCGCGAGAAGCGGAGAAGUAGAGCCAGUGUCCAGGAUGAGGGGGGUGGGGAGUGACUAGUAUGACGUCACUUGUGGACCUUAUUUAUUGUACAUAUUGGAACAAAGACUAAGUGAAAGACAGAUGGACACUAUUAUCGUUGUAAUUAACCGAUGUAUAUUUGGACCGUACAUUGCAUACAUCUAGGACUGCUCGCUAGCUAUUAAAUGUGUGGUAAAUGUAUGAAAAAUGUAUUAUUUAAAAGGUAUAACCAUUUUUAUUUUUGUAAACUUAGAUGUAAUAUAUAUAAUAAUACACUCUAUAAGUUCCU